AAUAUUCUAUUGCUUAGAGAAAAAUGGACGCAUGUAUUAAAGUUAUUAAUGCAAAUUAAGUAUAUUUUCCUAAUUCUAUAACAAUUCCAUGUAAUUUUAAUAAUACGAAGGAUUAGGGGUUUGUCAAUAAAGGUAAACAUUUAAGUGUUGUGAUAAAAAUUGAAGGAAAUAUUAUAUCCUAAUUACCUUAAUUUAAAUCACGUUAUUAGUGUGAGUGAAUGGCAUAUUGAGCUAACAAACAAAUCUAGCGAUAUAACAUUCAUAUCAAAUAAAUAAGUGAAACACAAAAAUAAAAUAACUGCAACAUAUGCUUAAAUUUUGCGUGAAUGGAGUAUGCAGAGCUUUUUUAACUAUUAUAUAAUUUUUUUAAAAAAUAUGUUCAUUUCAAUUUAGUGAGUAUCUCGAACAAAGAGUGGUAUAAAAACUGUAAAAGCUGUGAAAAAAGGACCCCAAUUGAAUGAUUAUGUUAUCGCAGUCUAUUUAAAUGGCUUUAGCUGAAAGUGUUAAAAUGACUCCUGUGUCUGUGGCUCCCUUCAACGGAAUGGAAAACAGUCAAACUUCCCAAAGGUCAAAUCACGUUAGCUCAGUUCUGCUAUACGGAGUGCCGAUUGUCUCUUUGUUCAUCGAAGGCCAGGAGCGACUCUGCUUGGCGCAAAUCUCAAAUACUUUGCUGAAGCAAUUCAGUUAUAACGAAAUACAUAACAGGAGGGUUGCGCUCGGCAUCACUUGUGUGCAAUGUACUCCUGUACAAUUGGAGAUAUUAAGAAGAGCUGGUGCUAUGCCCGUGAGUUCGCGAAGAUGUGGAAUGAUAACUCGAAGAGAAGCGGAGCGACUGUGUAAGAGUUUCCUGGGCGAUAACACACCUCCGCGAUUACCUGACGAUUUUGCAUUUAAUGUCCAGCACAAAUGUGCCUGGGGCUGCCGCGGAUCGUUCUUGCCUUCCCGCUACAACUCAUCCAGAGCUAAAUGCAUUAAGUGUUCAUAUUGCGGAAUGUUUUUCUCGCCAAAUAAAUUCAUAUUUCAUUCACAUCGUAUAACGACUAAUGACAGGUAUGUGCAGCCCGAUGCGGCGAACUUCAAUUCAUGGCGUCGGCACAUGACGCUUGGUGGAAAUGGUUAUGAUGAGAAAAUUAUUCACGCCUGGGAAGAUGUUAAAGCAAUGUUCAAUGGUGGCACCAGAAAACGACUUGUUAGCAGCAGCAUCAGUAGUCGAAACCAAGGCUCUCCAACGUCAUCGGCGACCUUGAGCACUGGAGUUGGCGGUAGUUCCUGCAGUUCCCCGACGAAUUUCGAAAGAGAACCCAAAGAAGGCGACGGGGAAUCCUCUCCGCUCCCACAACGACAACUUGAUGGCCAGUACAACUACAGUACCGUUGCAGCAGCGGCCGCUGUGGUUGGAGUAACGGCAGUUGCAGCCGCAACUGUUGGUGUACCGUUCAACUUGCAUGGCUCCACCGUCCUGUCACCUUUGCAUUCGCUUCGCAGCGAACGGGACCUUUCCAUAAUGCCGAUUUCCAGAAAUUUUGUAGUGGACUACAUGUGGCAGCAAAAGGAUCAACAUUAUCAGCAACAGUUUUCGAAAAAACUCAGUAGCGGUGAUCCAAGUCUUGACUGUGAGUCCUGCCCAAGGUCAUGGGUUAUACCCGACACAAGUGGUCCGUUGGCGACUGGAAAUUCAAUUCGUAUUUCGGACAAUACAUCGUUCAAUAUUAAAAACGAGCCCCAUGCAUCUAUUUGUGGCAUUAUUAAAAACCGCAAGCUCUCAGGCGUUGCGAACAGCGGGAUAAGCCUCUCUGAUUACAACAUUCCUUCGAUCCUUAACUGCUCUGCUUUUAAACCUGUCGUCGCUUCGACGGCAAUUGUGUCAACGUCCCUAUACACGCGAUCCAGUGAUUCAAAAAGAACCGAAUAUAUCCACCCACAAUCUACAAGAACCACAACGGUUUUAACCCAAAAUACUAUUUCAGCCUCUUCGCAACAGAUAGUAGGUCAUGGAGCCUUUUCGCCAAUUUUCGAAAAAGUACAAUCCAAUAAUGAAAAAAAGUCAAUUACAUCUGUUUUAUCAAACAGUGUAUCCAGAAAUUUGGAUGAUAACGACGACGACGACGAAGUGGUGGAUAUCGAGACAACAGAGGAUGAGGGUAAAUUCAUAAUUCAACACAUUAACGCACCUCGAACACCAGCCGAUAUCGUGUCCGAAGGCGAAAGUACCAGCCUUUCUCAGUCUACAAGUACAAAUAUUGAUGUAGAAGCAGAUGUCGAAGUAGAUGUUAUUACAACAGACGCAGAAGAUCAACUAGAGUUAAAUUCCAGUCGAUCCUCAAUUGAAAACACAAGUCAUUCCCUAUCAAUUUUUCAAACAGAAAAAUUUAAAAUGUCAACUUCACCUCCAAAUUCAAAACCGAUGUUAUGCGAUAAUGAAAAAAAAAAUUCAGAGGACGUAAAAGGAUUUAAUGGAAAUUUAAAAAUCAUAUCUCGUCGAAAAAACGAAAAAAUUCAGGAACGAACUUGUUUAAAAAAAACCGUUUCAAAAUUUGCUAACGAGAAAGCACUUUCCAAGUCAUUAGCUGCUAAAGAAGUAUCACCCAGCUUGCAAGUACAGCAGCGUGUUGCCUUUCCAGUAUUUUUUAAAUCACACCUGCACUCUUUUCGACCGCAACAAUCUCGACAGGCUACUUUCAGCCCUAAUACUCUGGCGGAGUCCAAUAAAUGGAGUUACCCAGUUGGUAACAUUGGACCAUUAUGCUGUUACGAAACAUCCGCAAAUGAAAAUUGUCUAGACCUUAAGUAAUUUUUAAUAAUAUAGAAAAUCAUAAAUAAGUAUAACAAUCUUAGCUACUUUUUGAAUGAAUUAUUCAUUCAUUUAUCAGUCCGUCUUAUUCCAAACAAAACAUUUUUCAUUUCCCAAAAAAAGUUUAAAUAUUCACGUGCAUGACUCCUAUAUUUUGUAAACCCUUGCAGAGGGUAUUAUAAUUUCAGUCAAAAGUUUAUAUAAAAUAUAUAUUCUUGAUCAGCAUCACCAGGA